AUGCCCUGGAAAGCUUGCAAAGUAUCUUCAGAUCAAACAUCUAAGCUUUUAGAGCACUCAGAUUAUGCAAGUCUUUUAUUUCGAAAGAAAGGGUUAAAGCAGCGUGUAUCAGUGUGGAGAAAGUCUUCGAAAUCCGCUAUCAACGAAUCUGAUGUCGGCAUCGGUCUUGAGGAUACACAUAGUCUCCAUUAUUAUUGUUCUGAAGGACAGCAGCCGCCUGUUGCCUAUCGCAGUACGUAUGGCACCAUCAUUGAGAGAAGCAGCUUUCGUUCUCUCUAUGAUCCUGAUUCCAACGGGUUUUGGGUUUUAGUAUUUGAGCUCAGUCAUUCUAUGUUAAGUGUAUACCAAUGGUCAAUGCGACAAAGAAAUAAUGGGCUUCCGGGGAAAAAUGAUCCCGCUCCACGUACCAUGACUGUUAUCCAAUAA